AACUGCUAAAAUGCCUUUGGUACAUUGUCGUUUAAUUCACCGCUUUUGCAGCGAUCAUGAACAAAGGAUUUAUUUAUGUCUUAAUCCGAAUUGAAACGACUCAUCAACGUGUCUAUUUGUGUUCAGAUAUUUGAAAAUGAUAAUUCUAUAAUAUAAAAUAACAUGGCGCCCUCUCCUUGGCAACAGGUUUGCAUGGGGAUGGGAUCGCCCAAAAAACACGCAGUGCCACACAGAGCCGGUGUGCAUACUCCUGGUAAGGAACCGGAGUCCAUACUUCCCCCCAUCAAUGAGCGCUUGGCAUACCUUCAUCCCUCCGGGGAGCUGUUGGAGUUCUACAGGAGUAAGAUCUCCAAGUUUGACGGAGAACACGAGCAGCUGCUGAAGAUGCUGGAGAAGUACAAGAGCAUCAUUGAGAACCAGCACAAGUUACAGAGUGAGGUGCGGCAGCGGGAAGGAGAGAUCGCAGAGCUUCAGAACGCUUUGAGUGACAUGCAGGUGUACCUGUACCAAGAAAGGGAGCAGUCCUUGCGGCUUCAUGCGGAAAAUGACCGACUGAAGAUCAGGGAGUUGGAGGACCGGAAGAAAAUCCAACACCUUCUCACAUUGGUGGGUCAUGACGAUGGCGAGGUCACGUAUUUCUUCCGGGAGCCUCCCCACAAGGUGAGCAUCAAACAGAAGCAGCUGGAGCCAGAGGAGGAGAAUCUGAAUCUCAGGCCAACAAAGUUGAGGCCAGUCGUGACCAGUAAAGCAACGACUAUUAAGAGGGCAAAAACUGCCGAUCCAGGAGCCGGCGAUGCUUUGGAAAAAUAUAAGAAUGACAACCAUACAUUGAUACUCCAGGUGGAGGCUCUGCAGGCUCAGCUGGAGGAACAAACCCGGCUAGCCAAAGAACAGGUGGAGUCGCUCCAGGAGGACCGACAGAUUAAAAGCGAGGAGGUCCUGGCUGAAAGGCGGAGAGAUGAGCAGCGCAUCGCCGCCCUGACUGACAAGCUCCAGCAAACCCAGAACCUACUAUAUGAAAGCACCAAAGAUUUCUUACAACUGAAAUUUGACGCAAGGGCCCAGGAGAAGCGAUGGCUGACGGAGAAGGACUCUCUCCUCGGGAGGCUGGACACGUGUCACGAGCGCCAAAGGAAGGCGGCGUACGCGGGUGCAGAAGGGGGGCGCCCCCAGCGGCCCAGCAGCAGCGCCCAGACUCAGGCUGACCUCAGUGGGGUCGGCUCCGGUCAGGCUGCUGCUUCUACUGGGACCUCCACUCGGGUCAGAGUGCAGCCCCAGUCGGACUUCAAGCAGAAACAAAAGGAGGACAUCAAGGCGAUGCAUGCGGAUGUAAAGCAAGCCCAACAUAUGGCGGAGAUGUACAGGGAGCAGUGCGUUGCUCUGGAAACGGAACUGGCCCAAGCCAGGGAACAGGGGGACGUAGGCAGGGAAAUAUUUAAGGAGCGUUCUGAUAAAAUGGCAAAGCGUCUCCAGCUGAUGACUCAGCGUUACGAGGCACUGGAGAGGAGGCGGGCCCUGGAGGUGGAGGGUUUCAAGACGGACCUGAAGCAGCUCAGGCAAAAACUGAAAGAUGUGGAAAAACAACUUCUUCAGGUGACGCUUAGUGUUGGACCUAACCAGGACCUAGCUAUCCUCCAUGAGGUCCGGGAGAGCAAUACCAGGACCAAGAAGGUCCAGAGUGAGCUGAUGGCGUUGAAGGCCAAGAUUUAUGGACUGGAAAAUGAAUUGAGGUUUAGCUGAGGAAUGGAUGGAUCUUUUUUUUUUUUAACUUUUUUUUCUGACUUUAACCCGGAUGAAGUUUACACUGUACUUGUACUAUGGUUUUUAUUCAUACAAACGGGAUGCUUUUAUACCAAUAAAUGUCUUUUUAA